CACUGUUAGUUAUAAUGAAAGCAUUCGUUAGUGUGCAGAAAUUGAGCUGCAAUGACGAGAUCACUGCUUUCAUGUGCUCAACAACAUGUCUGUGAUCGACUACAAUGUUCAUCACUGCAACGUUUCAUGCCACGAUCUAAAUAUAACGCCAGAUCUAAAUGUAAUGUUAAAAUCAACGCUUUUCACUAUUAGUAAACCUUGAGAGCUGUAAUAGUUUUCGAGAGAGUAAUACUUAGCUAUUUCAUAUGCAAAGAUGUCAGCCAAUCACAGCAGUGGACGUUUACACUUAAGUCUCACAGCAGACACGCCCCUUAAAACAGAGCGUUCAAAUCAGAGGGCUUUUUCAUGUAAAAAUUAUACAAACAUUAUAAGUGCACCCCAGGGAACAUUUUAAAAUAAUAAAACAAUGCAAUUGAUGAACGCUUUUAAAGCAGAGGCUCUGUUCUUUCUUUUCAUACAGUAUGUUCAAAAUAUUCUGGGGGCCAUGAAAGUUUUGUUAAGAAAAAAAGAAAAAGAUAAAAAAUGCUAGCGCUGGCUGGCAACUUUUAUAAAAUCACUGACAGGGAAAGAGUUAAAGCAACAGUUGCAGGUUUUACAGUGUGCUCUGAUGAAACAACGAACAUUUCUUCUUCUUUGCUUUCAUGUCCAAAAACGUUUUGGGUUUUCAUGUUCUCAAGUCUGAAGUAAUCAAAUGUUUCAUCUGAAGUAAUCAGAUAUUAUCUGUAUGUAAUAAAAAGCAGUUGCAGCAGUCUGGUCUCGUGAGACUGUGGUUAUAUUCAAAUUAUCUGCUCGUACAAAUAUACCCACACGCACAGAAACUAAACUACAGACCACCACAUGCCUUCAUUCCCACUCGAGGUAUUUGUCGGGGACUGAGCGAUGGCACAACGCUGUGAAGAGGGCCAGCACUUGGACAGGCUGCUACGAAAGUGUGUGUCCUGCAACCUGGUCUGUCAUGACCCUGUGAUUCUGACACGCUGCUCUGAGUACUGCGUGGCCUGGAGAUGUAAAGCCGUGUCUGGUCAGUUCUACGACCGCCUGCUGAAGAAGUGUCUGAAGUGCUCUGAGUUGUGUGGCAGUCACCCCUCGGCGUGCUCAGAUGCAUGCGGAGAUGCAGUGCCAGUGGCCGUGACGCAGAGGCCUCUCGGCGUGUCUGCAGUACCGCUGAUCACCAGCAGAGGGCGCGCAGUGCCCAGAUCCUCGCUGUACUCGGAGGCGCUGCUGUACUCUCUGCUGGGUCUGUGCAUCAUAGUGCUCAUGUUCACACUGACCGCUGCAAUCCUGCUGCUGCUCAAGAGAGCCAAACACCAGCAGCAGCAGCUGGACACCAAGAAACAGCAGCCCAAAAGACAGGGACAAUCAUCUAAAGAUUCUCUGGUGGCUCGUGCAGACGAUGUGUCUCAGGAAGGCAGCGUGAAUCAGGACAGGCCGAAGGCGACAGAAACCUGUGUCUAUUGCUUCUCUGACCACACGGCGGCGCCACACGCGCUCUCUCAGCAGUCUGGAGCUCAGCAGGCCUCUCGCGCCGCAAACCCGUGCAACAACGGCCUGCUGCAACAUCCACUUCAUACACACCCCGACAAGAGCAGGCCGUUCAGGAUUAUAUGUUCACCUACUCAAACAAGCAUGUGAAUACUAAUGUCAGUGCUGAGGAAUAUAAUGUAUAAACGAGCGCAUUUGCACAUGUAACUGUACUGCACCUGUAAUUCCUCCAGAAUUCCUAUGGAAAAUCAAUGUCAUUUUAGUUUUAAUAAAUGCUGUAUUUAUUAGA